CCGCGCCCGGCCCGCGGCACGAUGUCCCGCCGCAAGAUCUCGUCAGAGUCCUUCAGCUCGCUGGGCUCGGACUGCCCGGAGACGAGCCCUGAGGAGGAGGGCGAGUGUCCCCUGUCCCGCCUCUGCUGGAACGGCAGCCGCAGCCCCCCCGGCCCCGCCGACACCCCCUUCGCCGCCGCCGCCGCCGCGGCCAGCGCCGGGGCGCGCCGCGCUCCGCGCCGCCGGCGGGUCAACCUGGACUCGCUGGGCGAGAGCAUCCGCCGCCUGACGGCCCCCGCGCCUCAGACCAUUCGGCAGACUCUUCAAAAGACCCUGCAGUAUUUUGAGAAUCAAGUUAUUGGUAAUUACAGAGAUGCAGAGAAGAAUUUUCACAAUAUAUCAAACAGAUGCUCCUAUACAGACUGCUCUGGCAAUGAAGAAACUGAAGAUGUCUCAGGAAUUCUCCAGUGUACAGCUAAUGUACUAGGUCUGAAGUUUGAGGAAAUGCAAGAAAAGUUUGGGGAGGAAUUCUUCAAUAUCUGCUUUGACGAGAAUGAAAGAGUUCUUCGAGCUGUAGGUGGAACCCUUCAAGACUUCUUCAAUGGCUUUGAUGCUUUGCUGGAGCAUAUUAGAACUUCAUUUGGAAGACAGGCCACCCUGGAAUCUCCUUCUUUCCUAUGCAAAGAACUCCCUGAAGGCAAUCUCAUGCUUCAUUAUUUUCACCCACACCAGAUUGUGGGAUUUGCAAUGACAGGAAUGAUAAAAGCAGCAGCAAAGAAGAUUUACCGCUUGGAAGUAGAAGUAGAACAGGUCACAAAUGAUAAGUUGUGUUCAGAGGGGACAAACCCGGGUAACUGCAGUUGUUUGACUUUCCUUAUCAAAGAACAUGAAAAUGCAAAUACCACAAAAGCACUUCCACCAGGAACUUCCCAGUCCCCCUUAGACCUGAGGAUUAGUAUCAGCACCUUCUGCAGAGCUUUCCCCUUUCACCUGAUGUUUGAUCCAAACAUGCUGGUUCUUCAGCUUGGAGAAGGUCUUAGGAAGCAGCUCAGAUGUGACACUCAUAAAACCCUGAAAUUCCAAGACUGCUUUGACAUAGUCUCUCCUAAAAUCAGUGCCACAUUCGAACGAGUUCUCCUGAGGUUAUCUACACCCUUUGUCAUUCGGACCAAACUCGAAGAUUCUGAUUCUGAAAGUAAAGAUAAGGUGAUGGAAAUUAAAGGACAAAUGAUUCAUGUGCCAGAAUCAAACUCGAUAUUGUUUCUGGGUUCCCCCUGUGUGGACAAGCUGGAUGAGCUGAUGGGCCGAGGCCUCCAUCUUUCGGACAUACCUAUCCAUGAUGCUACUCGUGAUGUCAUAUUGGUUGGGGAGCAAGCAAAGGCGCAGGAUGGCUUGAAAAAACGAAUGGAUAAGCUGAAGGCAACGCUAGAAUGUACACACCAAGCCCUGGAAGAGGAGAAAAAGAAAACAGUAGAUCUCCUUAUUUCUAUUUUCCCUGAAGAGGUGGCUCAGCAGCUGUGGCAGGGGCAGCAGGUUCAGGCCAGGAAGUUUGAUGAUGUCACCAUGCUCUUCUCAGACAUUGUUGGCUUCACUGCCAUCUGUGCUCAGUGCACGCCCAUGCAGGUCAUCAGCAUGCUCAACGAGCUCUACACGCGCUUCGACCACCAGUGUGGAUUCCUUGACAUCUACAAGGUGGAAACAAUAGGUGAUGCGUACUGUGUUGCAGCAGGGCUCCAUAAGAAAAGCCUUAGUCAUGCCAAAGCCAUUGCCCUGAUGUCACUGAAGAUGAUGGAGCUUUCAGAAGAGGUUCUCACUCCAGAUGGAAGCCCUAUUAAGAUGAGGAUAGGCAUUCACUCAGGUUCGGUGCUGGCCGGCGUCGUUGGUGUGAGAAUGCCACGCUACUGUCUCUUUGGGAACAACGUCACCCUUGCGAGCAAGUUCGAGUCAGGAAGUCACCCGCGCCGCAUCAACGUCAGUCCCACCACGUACCAGCUUUUGAAAAAGGAAGAAAAUUUUAUUUUUAUCCCUCGUUCCCGUGAAGAGCUUCCAGAAAACUUUCCAAAGGAAAUUCCUGGGAUCUGUUACUUCCUGGAGGUCAGAAGUGGUCAGAAGCCGCCAAAACCUUCCAUCACAUCUGCCAGAGUGAGAAAGGUGUCUUACAACAUCGGCACCAUGUUCCUCCGGGAGACUAGCCUAUGAGGCCUGCUGCAGAUCAAAGACUCGUCAAAAAAGCACAAGCCCAGAACUGGGUCAUGACAGGGGAGUUGGAGGUUCUUUGUGUCUCACUGCCUUCUUCUGAACAGGCAGUAAAAAACUCCAUGUAAUGUCAGGCAAUAAUCAUUUUAAAAGGUGGGUAACUGCUGUCAGUAAGCAAAGUGGAGAUAGGGAAAAAAUAUUAAACAAAUGUACUUCCAAUUCCAGAGGAAUUUCUUUCAUAAACUAAAGUCUGGCCCCUCUAUGGCAAACAAAACAACAAAACAAAACCCCAACUCUCAAAUUAGAGGUUGGUCUUGUUUUGUGCAGAAAGGAUGAUGGUUCUCUGUAGAUUUGCACCAGCUAAGCAGAAUUGAGAGUCAGUUCUGAUUAUGCAUUCCUGUAUUUAAUGUGUUCUUCAGUAAGGUAAUGAUGUUUUUUAACUUUAUGAACAAGCAUUUCAUACAUAUACUGUAGAGCUGUUGUAACCUUCCUGGCAGGAGGAAUUAUGACUCAAUACAAAUAUUGUAGGAAUUUUACCUAUUUUUAUACAUAUUUCACUUUCUGGAUAAUUACAUUCCACAUACUGUAAGCUGAGUGAACUUAGAUAGCUUUUCAGAAGAAGUUACUGUAUAUUUCAUACAUUCUACCUAUCAAACCUUAUUGUUACACAAGUGGGAAGAAGGCAUUUCUUGACUUUUUUGGCAACAAAAGAAUCAAUAUUUACAGAAUAAAAACCCCACUUUGGUAAAUCACUUUAUCCAGUUUUUAUGCUAAAGCUUUAGAUGAGAACUGUCUUCUUAUAUUAAAAUAAUGUUCAGUAUUUGUCCUACAGUGUUGUAUGUCCAGUCCUUCCAGGACAAUGUAAACAAGGUGCAGAAGAUCAAUGUGUGGACAAAGAGAAAAGUUCUUUUCAAUGGGUCUUCUUUUCCCUCUAAAUUAUCAGCCAAACUGAUUUUCAGUAGAAGCCCUGAACUUCUCUAAAAAGUUCAUCUAUUGAAAACUUACUCUGAGGAAUUCCAGCAGACACUGGAAGCUAUCUGGAUGCUGGUUUUCUACAUUUUUUAAUAGGACUUGUGCUUUUAAUCCAGAUUGAUUGUUGAAAAUCCAUUCUGUUAAUAAUGAUUGCUCAUUUGGAAAUUUCCUCUAUUGUUUGAUUGGCUGAAGGUUCCCUGUUUUUCUAGUUAAGAUCAAAAAAAACACCAAAAAGGGAAAGAGAAAGAAAAAAAAAAAAAAAAAAAGAAGGAAAAAAAAGGCCAAUUCUUUGCUGUUGAAAAUUAACAGUAUUAUUAAUAGUAUUAUUGUCUUCAGUUAAUCCAGUUCAAGCAAGGUGUGUAUCUGGCACAUUUUCAGGUUUAUUUCUCAGGUUUUCUUUUUUAAAAGUAGUGGUGGUCAGUUUUCCUGUGCAGGUGUGCUGCCUUUGGAUCCUACUGGAGUCAUGAUGUUCUGAGCUUGCAGAUUGUUGGUUAAAAUUUGUGCCGUGAUUCCAAAGCGGCUUUGGAAUGUGGGCCUUUAAUUACUUUAAUCAAAGACAAGACUCAGCAGCAACUAGGAGGCGUGAGAAACUCAGCAUUUCUCUAAUCCAGAACAGAAAUGAGUUUGCUUAUGGAUUUAGUAGUCAUAAAAUGAGGCAUCUCUUGAAAAUAAGUAAGUAACUUUCACCACAUUUCGAGAUUAUCCAGCUGGAUCUUUCUGUGAAAGGAAUGACAGUUGUCUGUUUCUCCCCAUUCACCAGUAGCCCCUGUGAGUCAGCAUGGUGCUGCUAUCCUGUGCUGAAUAAGUUUCAGGCUUCUUUUCCAUGGAGCCUUUCUGGAUGAGAAAGGACUGCCUUGAACCUUUACAGACUUCAGCAUUCAGAGGACAUCUGAAAUUACUCUGCAGGGGUGAGUUUUUCCUUGCCUGAGGAAGGUAGAUGCAUGGGAAUUAGCCCAAAAACCUAUUUUAAUGCAAAUUCCCUCACUUUCUAAUGGGAUAUUGAUGUUAAAGAUUUCUUCCAUUGGUAUUAGAGCAUUCUUGGGAUUAGAGGAGGUUUUUUUUUAUCUACCUUGAUAAACAGCAUAUGGAAUUCUGUGGUCUGUCUGAAAAAUGACUUAAAAAAAGCUGUUCAAGCUUGAGGUUGUGGAAUUUCCAUCCAAACGACAGAUCUGAGCAUUUCCUGCACAGGAUGACAAG